GAGUCUCGUUUUGUGUUUUCACGUUCAAGCUGCGAUCUCGCCCAAAGAACACAAUCUACAAUCUAUCUAGUUUCCCUAGUAAUUUUCACUGAAAUAUAAUGGUCAGCGAAAUUCCUGCCAAGCUGCAAAUCGGUCCGAAGGAGGGCUGCAACUAUCCCCUGUCGGUCCAGUACUGCGGUAACUGCUCGAUGCCCUUGGAGUACUGCGAAUACUAUCCUGAGUACGAAAAGUGCAAACAAUGGCUGGAGAAGAACCUCCCGGCAGAGUUCGAUAGGAUGCGAACGGGUUCUUCGGUAACGGGAGGAACCAGAACGACUGCAAGUGCCACCGGUGGCUCCGGAGAGGGAGCAGCCGGAGGCGGUGAAGAUGGUGCAGCUGCCGGUGGUGAGGAGGACAAGAAGCGACAGAAACGUGGCGGCAAGGGUAUGAUGAAGACCAAAAAAGUCAAGGACGAUGGACCAAAGAAGAUAUGCGUUUCCCGAUCAGCAAGAGGCAAGAAGAAGUCAGUUACGGUGGUCACAGGAAUGGCCACGUUCGAUGUUGAUCUUAAGGUGGCAGCUAAAUUUUUCGGAACCAAGUUUGCCUGCGGUUCAUCGGUGACUGGGGAUGACGAGAUUGUAAUCCAAGGCGACAUUAAGGAUGAUCUGUUCGAUGUGAUUCCCGAGAAGUGGCCAGAAAUCGACGAGGAUUUUAUCGAAGAUCUUGGCGAUCAGAAGCGAUAAACUGCAGGAGUUCCUUUUUCUCGCAAAUAACGUUCUACAUGUAAUAAAAUAUUUUAAUAUGUAUACAUAUUUCUUAAUAUAAGAAACAAUGGAACA